CGGACUGUGCGCGGACUGUGUGACGGGACGACACACGGUUGAGACUGAGCGGACGUUUUCACAGGUUGAUGAUCCGUAGUUGGCACCGAACAGGGAAGCCAGCAAAAUAAAUUACAUGGUUUUAGUCUAUUUGCUAUUUCCAGUGACAUUUGCUUAGUUACAUUUAAAAGAGAACUAGGCUGUGCUUGCUAAUUCCUAAAAAAAACAGACCUUCGACCAGAAUGACACAUUUAAUGUUUGCAGGUUGGAGUUUAUUCGUGGAAGUUGACGCUCAGACUUGGGCUAUAAGCGGAGUGUAGGAGGCUCGUUUUUCUUGCACAUUUUGACUGACAACCAAUCAAAUCUGUUAUCCAAAUCCGUGCUCUUAUGUCAGUGACCUAUAUCUCAUGCAUGUGCGCCGAGAGCCCACAGUAACCUCUCCUCACCCGAACAGACAGCAUGGGAAUCAACGGGCUAGACAAUCAAGCGCAACCGUCCAGCGGAGGUUCCCUGACGGAGGAGCCAGAUUCUCAGACGGAGCAAAGAGAGGCUCCCCAAGAAGCAGACCGGAGCAAGGCUGACCAGGCGGCAGGCAGCGAGUGUAAAAUCGUGCAGGAGGACAGCGCCGUGCAGCUAAUCGAGGCCGGGAGCAAGCCGCCCCUCUCCCCGGCUUCUGAAUCGGACGCGGUUGUCCAGGUGGAAGAGCACGGCCACGGAGCCGCAUUCGUCCCACCAGAAGGAGGUUUCGGCUGGCUGGUGGUUUUUGCAGCAACCUGGUGCAAUGGGUCGAUCUUCGGCAUUCAAAACUCUUUCGGCAUCUUGCAUAUGAUGCUGAUGAAGGAGCAUGUAGAUCCAGACGACCAGACGUCUCAGUUCAAAGUCGCAUGGGUUGGGGCCCUGGCCAUGGGCAUGAUCUUCUUCUGUUCACCAGUGGUCAGCAUGUUCACAGACCACUUCGGCUGUAGGAAGACAGCUGUCAGCGGGGCAGUGGUGGCUUUUGUAGGGCUGCUCAGUACAUCUUUUGCAAACUCCUUGAGCCUUCGCUAUUUCACAUAUGGGAUACUGUUCGGCUGUGGCUCCUCAUUUGCCUUCCAGCCCUCGUUGGUCAUCCUCGGCCACUACUUCCGCCAGCGCCUGGGCUUGGCCAACGGUGUGGUGACGGCCGGUGCCAGCCUCUUCUCCAUGGGCCUCCCGGUCUUUCUCAACAAGGUAGUGGAACCCCUGGGCCUCAGCAGAACCUUCCAGAUCCUCAGCCUCUUCAUGCUGGUCCAGGCCCUGCUGGCGCUGAUGUUCAAACCUUUACUGCCUGCUGGAGGAGGCAUGGGACCCCCGGGCAUGGGUCCUGGACCUGCCAAACCCCAAACCCAGCCAGAGGCCACAGCUCAGGAGGGAAGCAGGUGGAGCAGGGUCCGUGAUGGGGUCAGGAAGUACUUCAACCUCCGUGUGUUUCACAUUGUGACAUACCGGGUGUGGGCGUUUGGAGUAGCCACAGCUGUACUGGGCUACUUCGUGCCAUAUGUCCAUUUGAUGAAUUUUGUGAAGGAGCGGUUUGAGGGGACCCAGAAGGAAUGGGUACUCCUGGUUUGCAUUGGAGCUUCAUCUGGGGUGGGACGCCUCGCUUUCGGGAAGCUCGGAGACCUCAUUCCUGGUCUUCAAAAGAUCUACAUGCAGGUGGUGUCCUUCAUGGCUCUGGGCCUGAUGUCCAUGAUGAUUCCUCAGUGCAUGGCUUUCGAGGGGCUGGUGGUUGUGUGCGUGUUCCUGGGGCUGUGUGACGGCUGCUUCCUCACCAUGAUGGCUCCCAUAGCGUUUGAGCUGGUUGGGCCCAUGCAGGCUUCACAGGCCAUAGGCUACCUUCUAGGCCUCAUGUCUCUUCCCAUGACUGCGGGUCCACCCAUCGCUGGUCUCCUACACGAUUACUUUGGGAACUACACGGUGGCCUUUUCCCUUGCUGGGGUGCCUCCUAUAGUGGGGGGCGUGGUGCUGUUCUUUGUUCCCCUGAUACACCGCCGGCUCCAGGCAGCGGCGUCCCCAGAGGAGACGUCAACAACUGCCCACAUGCUGCCACCCGCCCCACCAGUGGGGGAGCCCAAGAGCUGCUCCAAUGGAGACGUCCUGCCUGGCUAUACUGACGUAGAGACACACAUCUGAGUCGCACUGAACAAAGGGAUUCAGCCUACCAGCACCUUUUUCUUCGUCCUUAGAUUUCCCUCCUCUCAACCAUGGACUUCCUGCUGGCUGACCUUUAACCCUCUCACCCUCCUGGACUCUCAUGGGCUGUUUGUUAUUUUCAUGUGGAGAAAAAUCGAAAAGGGCACUCUGGCUACAAACAACAGAGGGGACAAAGAAGGCCUGUCAGCGUAGGAUGACGGGAAUGUAUAUGGAGGAUAAGCACAACACAGUCUCAGCAAAGAUUGUUUAAUCAGUGGGGACUCUGUAGUAACAAAUACCUCCAAGAGGAAUGAAACAAAGAGAUUUUAACCGACUAAUUUCACAGCAUCAAUUUUUACUUCUCUGAAAAGAAAUACAAUGCUUUGUUUCUAGAUUUAUAUAAACAGAUUGAGAUAAGAGACAUACGAGAAUUAGUGAAGGGAUAAAUUCAAACUUUCUUUAUGUAGUAACUCAUGCAUCUACAUUUCUGAACACAACGCAUCUUAAUUAGUUUGUGUAGCUGAAUCACAAUCUCAUCUUCAGUGAUUUGCUUUAUGCUCUGAUGCUGUUUUCUGCUGUGACGGAUAGAAGAGAAACUUGUUGUAAAUGUUACAAGAGGAUCAGCCGCCAGCCGCAAUCACCUCAUCUCAACCACACACUGUACUCACACCCAGGGUCCAAAAUACUUCAGCGAAAUUACUACUCUACCAGCCUGGCUGCAUGGGAAACUGAUGCUCGAUUGAGGCAGCUGUUGAUUCCAACUGAUUCAUAUGACAUUACCCCUUAAGUGCACAAUUUUUUUUCAUGGUUUAAAAUUUAGGUCAGUGACUUUGCAGCUUGUGGCAGGUUAACUAAUGCAGUUAGUAGGGGUGAGUCAUGAUGUAUGAGCUGUGCAUCUGCUGCCUCAAUUCAUGAAAUUUACGUAACACUACAGUUCAUACAAGUUGUUCUCGUGAGUCUGUACAGCCUUAAUAUAAUAUAUAUAUAUAUAUUUUUUCUUUCAAUCAGCAAACUCUACAGUUAUUAUUGGCCUUUUGGAGUUUUAGCAGGGUGCUAAACAAAUCUGCAUGAACUGUGUUUAUGGCUUUGAAAAAUAAUUGACAGUAGUUUUUUGUAGUGCACACACUGUAUAAGUGGAAAGAGUUGGAACCAUGCAGUCCUAACUUGAGAUUGAUAGCUGUAGGUAGUAUUGAUUUUGGUCAACUUCAGACUUUUAUCAUUUUAUUCCAAACCUUUUGUGUGUGUGUGCAUGUGUGUGUGAGCGUGUGCGUGUGUGUCCGUCCUGUGCAGCUGCACUUUUGAUAGUACUGUGUUACAUUCGGUUGAAGCUGCCAAACGACCUGAGCCCUCAUCAGGCCAUUUCACAGAUAACCAAAUCAAUUUGCUGCUUUAGUUUAGCUUGAUGUCAUGAGGCAGUAAUGAAACAAAUGGUCACGGACGGUUUCAAAAACAUUUGGACCACUUACCUCUGCACUCUUAGGUUACAAGUUCUCUUGAACUAUGAACUUUAAUGGACAUAUGAGAAGUAGAGCUGCAAUAAUUAACUGUUUGAGUAACAUUCUGUGGUUAUAUGCAUACCUGAAUAAGAGAGAGGAGGAUUGGUACACAAUAAGGAUGGAAUUGCUCUGGUGUUCAGAGGGAAUUACUUUUUGUCAAUUCCCCUCUUUGCUGUCACUGCCAUUACCCAGUCAGCUUUUGUGUUACAACAUUUUGGAGCCUAAAAGCUACACAAACCUCACUGCUGAGUGUAGUGUUUUUGGGGCUUAUGCUAUAGGAAUAGAAAACAUACAUCUAUACCUCAGUAAUCAAAAAACCCUCAACAAUCAAGCUAAACAAGCUGUUCAUUACAUUAUAAUUUCACUCAUCUGUGUUUUGGUUUUGUUGUUGGAAUCGGAAUCAUCAGCCACAAAGCUACCUAACACAUGUUUUCAAUCACCAUGGCUUCCUCCAAAACCUCAUUAGUGUCUGUUUAGGAACCACAAAACUGUGGAAAUGUCAAACUUCCAACACAGUUUGUUGCGUAAUCUGUUUAGAGAUUUAUCCUUCCUCCUUAUUUUGCCUUCAUAUCCAUUUUUUCUUGAUCCUCACUGUUCCUGCUCUCUCUCAACUCUACCUGCAUAUUUGGUAGUUAUCCUUAGCUUCUCUUUAUCACAGCCUCAAGUCUCUGGUGAUUGAAUAAAUGCAGUAAUAUUAAUGUCUAUUAUCCUUACCUAAAGAUAAAAGAGACACUCAACUAAAAGUAGUGGAGACACAUUUAAAUGUAUUUAAAUGUUGAAGCAUGGCAAAAAACAUAGCACCUAUUUUCAGACAGAAA